AAAGCGAAAGUGAAAUUUGAAGCUCUCCUUUCUGGGAAAGCAGCUGCUGGUCUAGGUCAGUUCGACCUGAAGUUAUUUUUGGGAGAUGGAAACAGCCCCGGCUGUGCCGAGAGCACUGGGAGGAGACCCCGGAGUGGGGGGAGAGGGGAGGGGUCUGGAGGCAGGGAGAGCCCAGAGCUGAGGAGAUUCCAAAACUGAGGAGAGCUCAGAGCUGAGGAGAGCUCAGAGCUGAGGAGAUUCCAGGAGCUGAGGAGAGCUCAGAGCUGAGGAGAGCUCAGAGCUGAGGAGAGCUCAGAGCUGAGGAGAUUCCAGGAGCUGAGGAGAGCUCAGAGCUGAGGAGAGCUCAGAGCUGAGGAGAGCCCAGAGCUGAGGAGAGCUCAGAGCUGAGGAGAGCUCAGAGGUGAGGAGAUUCCAGGAGCUGAGGAAGAUCCCGAGCCAGGAUGGGGUCCAACGCCAGCCACUCUGAGGAGGUAAAGGUCAGCCGCUCUGUGGAGAUCCAGGUCUCCAACAACACCAAGAACAUUGUCCUGAAGGAGCCCAGGACCUUCUUGUUCAACGGCCACAGGCUCUGGACCCCCGAGUCCUCGGUGCCCCCCGGCUCCUCCACCACCUGCAAGUUCCAGAGCCACACCUGCCGCUACGGCUGUAAGGGGCUCCUGGCCUUCCAGGCCAAGCCCUUCACCUUGGCCAUCUACUUCUCCAACCCCAUCGACUAUGACGAGUUCUCCCCCGAGAUGGGCCUGGAGCUGUCCCUGGACAAGGUUCACAUGGGGUACCUGGAGGCCGCCUACCACCGCCUGGUCAGGAUCUCCCGCUGCAGCAGCUCCAAUGAAGACCUCGCAUUCCCCUCCGUCAUCCUCAAGGAAUCCCAGGAGACGGCCCGGCUGAACGCCGGCCCCGUCAAGGUGACGGCCACCAUGUCACAGGGCCAGGACACCGUGAUCAAGGUGAAGAUGGAGGAACAGGGGAGCUCCACUGCAGCCUACGACUACGACUGGUUCCACCCCGAGAUGGAUCUGGAGCUGUUCCUGGACAAGCUUCACAAGAAGGGCCCGGACGCCGCCUACCAGGGCCUGCUCAGGAUGGCCCGCGGUGACAACUUCCCCUCCAUGGUCCUCAGGGAGUACCAGGAGCUGGCCAAGAUGAGUGCCGGCCCCGUCAUGCUGUCGGCCGCCAUAUUCCGGGCCUGGGACGCCGUGAUCAAGGUGAAGGUGGAGGAACAGAAGAGCCUGGGCAGAGAGCUCAAAGCCAGGGCACUGCACUUCUAGGAGAAGUGAGAGCCUUCAGCUGGGCCUCGUGGCCAGCCCUGGAACCAGGUCCGAGACCACCUCAGAGCCCUGCAGACCCCGCGAGGAACCCUCAGAUGUUGUGGCAGGGUUCUGCUUUGUGCUUUCAAUUUAAUUUGUGUGCCAGCACCCAUCCUCCCCUUCUCCCGGUAAUGCUGUCUCUCAUUUGUAUCGCUUUGCUCUAUUUUAGAUUCUGUACCCCAGUUGUUAUUCGCACUGUUAGGUGUCAAUGCCUUCACUUGCCAGCUGCCACCCCCUAGAAGUUUCCCUGUUGGCCCUCAAGAAUUUGUCCCCUCCCCAAUCCCUUCCCAACUGUCAAUCCCCUGCACUCCAGACCUCUCUUGUCCCCCUUUUGUUUGCUUUGCUCAAUAAAAGGAGAAUUUCAGA